GUUUCAUCAUAUACACUAGCAUAAUGCUGAUUAUAAUUUUUUCAAUAUUCUUUUAUUUUGGUCCACGAUAUGGUUCAUCAAAUGUUAUAGUGUAUGUUAUUAUGUGUUCAACUAGUGGUUCAUUAACUGUUAUGUGGUGUAAAGGACUUGGACUUGCUAUUAGAGAAACAAUAUCUGGUCAAACUGAAUUCACUAAUUGGUUAACUUAUAUGUUUAUUGUCUUGCUGAUUACAUUUGUAUGUAUACAAAUGAACUAUUUGAACAAAGCCUUAGACACUUUCAACACAAGUGUAGUUACACCAGUUUAUUAUGUCAUGUUCACAACUCUUGUAAUAACAGCAUCUGCAAUACUAUUCAAGGAAUGGGAACAUCUACAACUAAAUGACAUUAUUGGUAUUAUUUGUGGAUUUCUUAUUACUGUGACUGCAAUAUUUAUGUUAAAUACAUUCCGAGACGUGGACAUGUCACGCAGCAAUUUUGCGUGGCGAACUCGUCAACCAAUUACAAGAAAAUCUACAAUUGAAGAAAGUGCUCAAACUUCUGCUCUUAUUAAAAGUAAUACACAGUACGGUACAAGAAAUGUUUGACCUUCAAAUAUCAACACAAUGAAAUUUAAGAUCAAAAUGAAAAUAAUGUAGAUAUUAAAAUCCUUUGACCUGGAUAAAAUAAAUUCUAUAUUAUUUUAUAUGACAGACAUUUUGUCUUUUUUUUGUUUUUUUUUUUUUAAUUUAACUUUUCCAAAUUAAGUAGUAUAUAUAGUGAUAUAUUUACUUUAGUAGUUGUUGUAUUAUAUUGUCAUAGGUAGAAUUUGGAGGAAAAGUUUGGAGAUGAUUGUACCUUAGUUUUUAAAUUAUAAUUUAGGUCAUUAAUGGACUAACUGAAAAAUAAGGGAAUUCAACAUUCCCAGCUUAUCACUGAAAUUGCAUCACUGAAUUAUGCAUUAUUUUGUUAAAGUUGUUUUUAAUUAUGUUGUGUAUAACUAAUAAAUUAGCAUAAGAUUUAUUUGAUCAGUUAUUUU